AGUGACAGAGAAAAGAGAGGGUGAACAAACCAGUCUCAAAAUUGGAAGGGUGUGUGUGUGCAUAUAUGUAUGUGUGUAGAUAUCUGUAUUUGUGUGUGUGUACAUAUACAUAUACAUAUGCAUACAUAUAUAUAUGUUUAUAUAUAUGCAUAAGUAAUUUAUAUUGACCGUUUAUAUAUUUCAUACAUCAAUUGCUGUAAAAAGUGCACUUACCUCUAUAAUCCAGAUCCAAAAUGAAAGAUAGACUUAACAAAACUUUAUAUUCAACUCUUUCCUUAACGCCCACUAUUUAAGACAUUGAGUUAAAGUAGCUCUUGUAACUCAUCCAUUCAAGAAAAGAGGUUCCUACUCUGCCAAAAUUCAAGAGAUGGCUCGCUUAAUUUCUUUCUAUGAGAGGAAUGGAAGAAGAUGUCGAAUCGAGGUUUCGUGUGGGGAGGCUGGAGGUCUCUGACUACGAAAAGGGCUUCAUCAGCCUCCUUUCUCAGCUCACCAUCUGCCCUCCCAUCUCCCUCGAUGAGUUCUGCUCCCGCUUCAUGGAGAUCGAGGCUCUCGAUGACGAUCACGUCAUUUGUGUUGUGGAGGCCACCAAACAGGGGAGGCUUGUUGCCACCGGCAGCAUCUUCGUGGAGCAAAAGUUUUUGACAGGCUGCGGCAAGGUCGGGCACAUCAAGGACGUCGUCAUCGACUCAGCCGCCCGUGGGAUGCGACUUGGCCAGCGAGUCGUUGGGUUUCUAUCCAAGCACGCCAGGUCCGUUGGAUGCUACAAGGUCAUCCUGGACUGCAAACCUGAUAACAGAGGGUUCUACGAGCGUUGUGGUUUCGUCCUAAAGGAGCUCCAAAUGGCCAUGUACUUCAAUCCGCUUCCUCCUUCCUCUUAGCCUGCUCCCAAUGUGUACUUCUUCUUCUUCUUUUUCCCUUUAACUUUUAUCUUUUUUUUUUUUAAGAAUUGGAUCAUUGUUGUGUGGAUCAAGAAUGAAAUUUAAGUUUCUUUUCUUGCUUCUAUGAGUUUAAGCAUAAUUCCAUAGGUUGAAUUCUCUUUGGAUUUGUCUAGAUGUGUAAUUAAUACAAUGGGAAUCUCAUGCCUUGGUUCUGGAUUCUUUCUUGCGGACUACUUGCAACAGCGGGUAUGUGAAAUUUCUGUAGCAAAUCAUUGCAAGGGUUGUUGUCAAGUUCCUUGGUUUUUUAUUCUUUUGGAUUGAUUAUUCAAAAGAACAUUGACUCUAUUUUCUGGUUUGUUUUUGUUGUUGGGUGUCUAGUAGAGUGAUCAUUUUUUUCGAAUGGUUUGGCUGCUAGUGCUAUGCUGCAUGAUUUAUUUGGGACUUGUUGAUACUCCUCUCUGAGUUGUGGAUACAAUCGUUUGGGGUUUUGUUGAUAUCCUCUAUGUAUUACAGGGUACAAUCGAGGAUUUUCUCGUGCCUCGAAAGUAUCUAAGCGAGCUCAAAAAGAACCUUUGGCAUUGGAACGGCCCCCAAACUGAUUUUCAUGCAUGGGCUCAUUCAAAUAUGAAGGUUGGCCGCAACCUUCAGCAUCUUCGGCAGCAGCAGCGGGCAGCCUUGUAGCUUCGUUCAGAAGGAGCUCCAGAUGGCCAUGUACUUCAAUCCACUUCCUCCUUCCUCUAAGCCUGCUCUUUAAUAUAUUAUUCUUCUUCUACUUCUUCUGUUCUUCUUCUUCCUUUUAUUUGGUCUAUUUUUGUUAAGAAUUUGAUCAUCGUUGUGUGGAUCAAAGAUUAAAUAUUUAUUCAAAAUUAUAAUCUGAAUCAGAAUCAAGCCAAUAUUUACUUGUAACCAAAUCCGAUCGAAUGUCAUUUUUUAUAUUUGAAUCCAAUCAGAAUCCUAAUUGAAUAUCAAUUUUUUUCAUUUAUUUUUUUGAAAUCUGGUUCGGUUGAAUAUGGGGUCUAAACUGGAUUUAUUAACAUACUUAUAAGGUGUACAACGAGUGUUUGUUUUACCGUGGAUCUGAAAUCCAUAGUGAUCUGAGAUUUUUAAUAUCUCAAAUCCAUUGAUUUAAGAUUGGAUCACCCUCCCAUCCAACCUUAAAUCCAUGGUUUUUAACGGAUUUUAGAUAACAUUACAAAAUCCUCAAUUUGUUUAAACUGAGGAUCUUGAGAAACACAUCUUUUGAUGCAACCUCGAAUCUUAGAUCAGAGGUUAUCAAACACAACCAUAUAGAUGCACAUGGGAUGGGCAGUUCAAAAAAUUUGAACUCGAGUUGUCCUUUGCCUCGUUUGCAAUGGUGGGCUCCAACAUUUGCAUUGACAUCAUAAUCUCCAGCCUCGCCGCAUCAGUGCCUUCAUCAAUGGUGCUAUCUUGAUCAUCAUAUUUUCUGUUUCUAGACCAUGACGAAGAUUCAUGGAGUAGGCAAAAGCCUCAUACCUUGUGCACCUAUUCUAGAGUCGAACAGUACUUUGGUCAGACACCUAAGCAGCUUCGGGUUCUUUUUCUUUUUUUGUUUCAAAGUCCGACGCAAGCUUGGACUCGUUACCAAGAGGGAUCUUCCAGUCAAAUCUGAACCGAAUCUUAUGAGAAAUCUUAAUUUCAUAUAAUGGCUUUCUCCUCCCAUUGCGAUUGACAAUGGUCAUCGGCUUCCACAGGCUGCUUGAAGCCUGUAGGAAAAUGUUUUUAUUUUCUGGCUUUUCUUGAGUUUUUCUCCCAAGUUCUUGAUUUCUAGGUUGUUUGUAUAGACAAAGUAUAUUCUGUUAAUUUAAUUUUUUUUGUCUGAAACGUACAGGUUUUAUACAUAACCAGUAUUGACCUUAGAAGAUGUAUGCCUAAAGAUCACCAAUUCGCAGAUAGCAACAAAAGUGGAGAGACGGUGCCUUUAGAGCCCAACCCGUUUAAGAAGGAUGGUGAGGAAGAUACUUCCACCGUUGAAAUGAUUCCACCGGGCACCAGUUUUGCUGCAGCGUCUACUAAAUCUAAUCGCAGCUAAGCCAGGAAGGAUGACCUACACAAUGAAGACAAACACAAAUAUAACCUGGAUAAGUGAACUAGCACUUACAGCUCCCUUGAUCAGCGGCUUGUACACCACCACCAUUUCUAGUCCUCGCCUCAUUGAUAUUACGCCACCAUUAACCCCAGAUUUCUCCAAUCCUUCUGGCAGCUCUGACCUCCAUGAC